GCGAGUGCCAGAGUCCGAGCGGCGGGAGCAGAGCGCGGCGCUGCCUCAGGUCUCCGAGCCGCUCGCCAUGGCUGGCCCGCAGCAGCAGCAACCCCCUUACCUGCACCUGGCCGAGCUGACGGCGUCGCAGUUCCUGGAGAUCUGGAAGCACUUUGACGCAGACGGAAAUGGCUACAUUGAAGGGAAAGAGCUGGAGAACUUUUUCCAAGAGCUGGAGAAAGCAAGAAAAGGCUCUGGCAUGAUGUUGAAGAGCGACAACUUCGGGGAGAAGAUGAAGGAGUUCAUGCAGAAGUACGACAAGAACUCGGACGGGAAGAUUGAGAUGGCCGAGCUGGCGCAGAUCCUACCGACGGAAGAGAGCUUCCUUCUGUGCUUCAGGCAGUGCGUGGGCUCCAGCGCUGAGUUCAUGGAGGCCUGGCGGAAGUACGACACAGACAGAAGCGGUUACAUCGAAGCCAAUGAGCUCAAGGGUUUCCUGUCCGACCUGCUGAAGAAGGCCAACCGGCCAUAUGAUGAAGCCAAGCUCCAGGAGUACACCCACACCAUACUGCGGAUGUUUGACUUGAACGGGGACGGCAAAUUGGGCCUCUCAGAGAUGUCCCGACUCUUGCCUGUCCAGGAAAACUUCCUGCUUAAGUUCCAGGGCAUGAAGCUGACCUCGGAGGAGUUCAAUGCCAUCUUCACCUUUUACGACAAGGACGGCAGCGGCUACAUCGAUGAGAACGAGCUGGACGCCCUCCUAAAGGAUUUGUACGAGAAAAACAAGAAGGAGAUGAACAUCCAGCAGCUCACCAGCUACAGGAAGAGUGUCAUGUCCCUAGCCGAGGCAGGGAAGCUCUACCGCAAGGACCUGGAGAUUGUGCUGUGCAGCGAGCCGCCCAUGUAA